CAAAUAUAAGUAAUCUGUGCCGAACGCUCAGAAUUUUUGAAACAUGGCUUCUGUAAAGUAUGCAGUUAUUGAUGUUCACGAUUUUCUGUACAAAAAACAAACGAGCGACCCUGAAUUAGCUGCAGAAUGGGAAAAACUUGAAGAACUUUACAAUAAAAAAUUAUGGCACCAACUCACAUUAAAACUACAAGAACUUGUCGUCAAACCUUCCCUACAGAAAGAUGAUAACCUAAUUCAACUGUACAACAACUUCCUAACCACAUUUGAGAAUAAAAUAAAUCCUUUGUCUCUGGUUGAAAUAAUCGCUCAUGUUGUAAAACAGUACAGCAACAAGAAGGAGGCCAUUGCUUUCCUGGAGAAGGUGGAGACCAAGGUGAAGAUGAACGAUGAGGCUCUUGCCCUGUGUAAAGUGUUACAAGGACAGAUAUAUCUUGAGGAUUUAAAUGAUUAUGACGCCACAGAGAAGAUAAUCGAGGAGCUGGAGAAUACUCUAGAAGAUGCUGACGGAGUUACUCCGGUUCAUGGUCGAUUCUACAAAUUAGCCUCUGAGUACUACAGAGUUCGAGGUCCUCUAGCCCGCUACUACCGUGCUGCACUUCGCUACGUGGGUUGUGCAGACGGUGGCCAGGCUCUGGACUUGCCUGAGAGGAGAGCUUGUGCGUUGAGACUGGCCUUAGCUGCUGUGCUGGCUCCCUCUGUGUAUGAUCUUGGAGAGCUGCUAGCUCAUCCUAUUUUGGAGUCUCUGCAAGGAACUCCAGAUGCCUGGGCGUGCGAGCUGGUCAAAGCUGUUGCAUCUGGUGAUAUUGUGGCCUUUGAGAAGAUCAGGAGCCAAGUACAAAACCCAGACCUUCAGAGAGCUGACAAUGAGCUCAGAAAGAAGAUAGCUAUUCUGUGUCUGAUGGAGAUGGCGUUCAACCGGUCGUCGGGUCAGCGGCGGCUGACGUUCGCGGAGAUCGCGGCGGAGGCGCGCGUCCCUCACGAUGAGGUGGAGCUGCUCGUCAUGAAGGCGCUGGCCGAGAAACUGCUGAGGGGACACAUCGACCAGGUGAACGAGACGGUGACGGUGAGCUGGGUGCGCGCGCGUGCGCUGGGGCGCGCGGGGGCGGGGCAGCUCGCGCGCCGCCUUACGGACUGGUGCGCCGCCGCGCACGCCGCCGCCAACCUGCUGCAGUCGCGCGCGCCUGAUCUACUCACGCUUUGAAGUAAACUAAUCAUUCAUAUUUUAGGUUUCAGUUUGAAGAACUACUAACUUCACUCCCAGCACUUACAAUAUUUUAUAGAAAUAAAUACUUAUUAUUAU